AUGUUCUACUAUCCCAACGUGCUUCAGCGCCAUACAGGCUGCUUCGCCACUAUUUGGCUAGCGGCAACCCGAGGCAGCCGGUUGGUGAAGCGGGAAUAUCUGAAAGUGAACGUAGUAAAGACCUGCGAGGAAAUACUCAAUUAUGUGCUGGUACGCGUGCAACCUCCGAUGCCCGGGCUGCCCCGGCCCCGCUUCUCUCUCUAUCUCUCCGCCCAGCUUCAGAUUGGUGUGAUACGGGUCUACUCCCAACAGUGCCAGUACCUUGUGGAAGACAUCCAGCAUAUCCUUGAGCAUCUGCACCGGGCCCAGCUGCGGAUUCGCAUCGACAUGGAGGAUGCUGACCUACCCAACUUGCUCCUUCCUAACUGCCUGGCCAUGAUGGAGAUGCUGGAAGAUGCUCCAGAACCUUUUUUUGGGACGAUGUCUGUGGAUCCCAGGCUUCCCAGCCCUUUUGAUAUUCCUCAGAUUCGUCAUCUUUUAGAGGCUGUGACCCCAGAGAAAUUGGUAAGGAGACCCCCUCCUGAAGUCACUGCUAAGCCCAGGGAGCCAAACAGGACCUUAGCCACUGCAAAGUCUCCUGAGACCAUCACCCUCCAGGAGGCAGAGCCCAUACGCAUGUUGCAGAUUGAGGGGGAGCAGGAUCUCCCAGAGGUCAGUCGAGGAGAUUUGGACCUGCUGAUUGCAGAGGAAGAUGAUGCCAUAUUGCUGGAGGUCCCCUCGAUCUCACCUCCAGCUCCAGCACAGGUUGAAGGCAUAAGAGAACCACUUCCAGGCCAGCUCUUCCCUCCUGAGGUACAGAAAUUGACAGGCUGGGAGCCUGAGGCCAUACUCACUGAGGUGACCCCUCCUCAGGAGCUGCGCCUACCCACCCCACCGAGUGCAGAGAAGAGGCCCCCGCCUCCUCCGAGCCCACCUGGCCGCCAACGCCGCCAGUUACUCAUCUGGGACAAGGAAACUCAGAUCUCCCGGAAGAAAUUUGAGGAACAGCUGCAGACCAGGGCUCACUGCUGGGAUUAUCCCGUGAUCCAGCCUCCCCAAAGGAUGAUUACAAGCCCAGCACAGCUCUUCAGAACCCCGACUCUCUCGGGCUGGCUGGCGCCAGAACUACUAGCUUUAUGGACCCACUGUGCCCAGACACCCUCAAGAAUGCUGAGACAAAGACCACGACAGGAGCCUGAAGAGGCAGCUGAGGAGAGGGAAGUGGCAGGCAAGGAGGGAAGACUGACUGAAGCUCUGAGCGAGAUUGAGGUCCUGAGGGAGGCCCAGGAGCCCAGUGGUCCCCUCAUGCUCUCUUCAGAGCUCUCCCUGGAAGCAGCUGAAGAGGAAAAGUCACGGACUAGCCUCAUCCCCCAAGAGGAACGGUGGGCCUGGACUGAAGAGGGGCAGCCAGAGCCUCCUGCACUGCCCAUGCUGCCUGAAAUCCCGGAAGUGCCCAUGGAGAUGCCCCCAGGACCUGAGCUACUCUCUUCAGAGGCUGUAUUUAGAGCAGUAGCAUUGGAGCUGCAAGCCAACAGGGAGCUUGACUUCAGCAGCCUGGUACCUCCUCUCAGCCCCCGGAAGUUGGCUUCUCGGGUCUUCUACCUGCUCCUGGUGCUGUCCGCAGAGAAGAUCCUUCUUGUGGAACAAGAGAAGCCAUAUGGGCGCCUCCUGAUCCAUCGGGGUCCCAGAUUCCACUAA